CGGUUCAACAUGGAGGAUUUAACGCUGAUUAUGAUUGCAAUUCUAAUUUUAUUUUUAUUUUUCUGUCUAACUAUCGUGUUUUUGUUACAUAUUUUGGGUAUAACGAAGAAAAUUGAAGUCGGUGCAGGUUCCCCGCCUAUUGGCAAAGUUACAGUUGCUUACAAAUUUGGAAAAGGACCCUACAAAAACAGUGGAGAUUUGUUCACUGAAGUUUACAAAUUUGCCCCACAUUCCAAACCCAUUGGAAUCUACUAUGACAAUCCUAAAAUGAUUCCUGCUGAAAAGUUGAGGUAUUGUGUUGGUGCUAUACUCAGUGAAGGAAAUGUCAAAGUUGAACAAGAACUCUUGGACACUAUGUUGGCAGAAGGAUUUAAAGUUCUGAAGCUGCCGAAAGUUUCUCACUGUGUGAAAACAUCAUUCCCAUACGUGAAUAUCAUUUCCUGUUUGAUUGCGGUUUGGCGAGUGUAUCCAAAGUUGUCAGAGUAUAUAACAGACAAUGCUCUAUGUGCGUACCCAUUCUUAGAAAUCUACAGUGAUACCGAGAUCCAAUUCAUGGCUCCUCUUUCCCAACAAGAAGAUUUCUUUGUUCCCGAGGCUAAAGAACACAUUCCAGAAGAGUAUGCUAAUAAUGCCAACGAUGAAAGUCAAGAUGAUUCGCUUUUAGACUUGGAACGUGAUGAUGCAUCCAGGUCUAGUCGGGAGACUAGUGCCAGCUCUUAUACUCGAAGCUAUGUAAGCAGCCGAUUUGAGACUGAAAACUUUUCGGAUGAGGAAGAGUCUGAUAAUGAAAAUGAUGCUGAUGCAAAUGUUCAGGAUAGUGAAAUAUCAUCUUCUGUUGAUCCAAGACCAUUUAAAGCUUGUACGAAUCUUUUGGAUGAGGCUGAAAACCAAGACAAGAAACCUGAUGAUGUUCAUGACCAUGAAGAAGUCAUAUUAAUGACAGAUGAUCUGAAAGAGAAUUCCACAAGCUGCGCAGAUGAUAGCUCCAAUCUGCAUGAUUCCGGUGUAUGCUCUGGCCGCACUUCGGCAAGUCCAAAUGAGUCCGAAAACAUGACUGACAUCCCCAAUACCAGUGAAGUUGAUGGGAAUGAUUCUUCGUCAUCCUUUGAAGAAAUCAAAAUGGAACAAGUUGAGAAGGAAGCGUCUGAGUCGCAAGCUCUGAAAGCUUGAUCAUACCGGUGUGACCUAUUCAAGGAGCUUAUUGUGGUUAUGGCAUUUAGUCAGUUUCUUCUGUUUUUCUUAGAUUUAUGUAUAUAUGGUUCUGUUUGAUUAUGGUUUGAAAUGUGCUCAUGUCAUGUUGAACAAAUAUCAGUCUGAAGUUUUGUAUGCUUAUUAUUUGACAAUCAUUUUGAAGACACCGAAACGUUUCAUUCUCAUGAUAGAAUAAAACGAAAAUAGAAUGAAAUGAAACAUCAAAUACAUUAAGCGAUUAAGGAAAAAUGGCCUGUAGUUGUGUCAGCAAUGGCGAGAUGAAAUCACAUAGUAUUUAUUCAAUAUUUCAUAUUUGCUUACUGUAUAUACAUUAUGUGACAUUGUUGCUGAAAAAUAUUUUUGUGGAGGAAACCUGACAUUAAGUUUUCUGAUUAGGUAAAUGUGCCUCAUUGACAGGCAGUUUUGUAAUUUUUACAUACAUGUACUUCAGAAUAAUAUCCAAGAAGGCAAUUUAUGUUCUACAUAUGUCUCUUCAUGUAUGUUGCUUGUAUUGAUCACAGAAUGUUUGGCCGAAAGAUAAAGUUGCUGCUGACUCUAUCACAUAUUUACCUCAUUAGCAUUCUAUAUACAUGUAAUGUAAACUGAUGUACAUAAUAUUCAUGUACAUAGAUAUUUGUUUCCUGUGCAUGUUAUAUUAAGCUCAUCUUUUUUUCGAAGAAAAAUGUUAAGGCAUUGUCAUAGCAAUGUUGUCACAGUCUGCGCUGUCAUUGUGCAAAAAACUUGCCAGUAAGUCAAAAACAGUUCUAAUAUAUAUUCAAAUGUAUCUCGGAAGACGUGUUGCUUGAAGCAAUAAGCACAUGUUUAGGAAGGCCAAUAAACCCAACUUAAAUAAAGGUCAAGUAAUGCCCCUUUUACCAAUUAAUUAAAAGGCGAGCGUUGGUGUUUUCUGAAUCGUUCUCUUGUUUUUGUAAAUACGGUAUAUGUUGAUAUUGAUUGUUUUGGUAUAACAAACAUACUAUGUAGGCAAUAACUGCACUUGUAAUUAAACAGAUUGUUAUAAAGCUAUGUUUAAAAUAAAAAAAAACUGAAUCAAAAUAGUUAGUAAUAAAACAAAACCGGCUGACUUAUAUCAUAAUCAAAUAUCAUUACACACUUGUAUUAAUUAUCAACAUGAACCUGCUUCAUUCAAAAUUCUAGUUUUAAAAAGAAAUUUUCUCUAGUGUCAUAUUUUACGUUUUUUUGCCAUGUAUUUGUAAGACUUGAAGUUAAGCCAAGGAGGUUCAAGUUGAAAACACUAUUUAAGAAACAUUAAAAAUAAUUUGUUGCCCUUUGUGAUGCUCCUAACGAUUUAAAAAAAAAUGAAGCUACAACUAUGAUUGUUAAAUGAAACAUGCACUGAUUGGAGUAAGUGUAUAUUGCUUGAUUUAUGAAGUUAAAGGCACCCCUAAACAUUUCUUGCUACCAGUAAACAUUUAUACUUGUAUGUGGAAUGUACAUGUAUGUAUUAGGAUGAAGUGGCUUGCUCUUGACUUUCCCAAGCUAUUUUGUAUAACCAUGGAUGACAGUAUCUUAUCUUUUAUAUCAAAUAUAUAAUAAGACAGUCUCCAAGACCAUUUUCACCUAAGUACAAAUAAACCUGAAAUUUUCAAGUAAUAAAGCAAAAUAAAACCCCACAAAUAAAAUAAAACCGUACAAACCUGCGUUUGCCUUAACAUAGACUUGGACGCACAAACAUAUUAGUGAAAACAGAUUUCAAAAAUCUUGAUAUGAUAAUAUUAAGAAAUAUAUAUUUUUAUCACCUUGUGUUUAUUUUUUUUACUAUCUUUGAUGAUACUGCCACCUUUGAAAGGUGAGUUAUUGUCAUAACCUUGGAGAUGUUAAUGGCGGCAUCAUACAAUGUCUGACAUUGGCCAUGACUUAAAAACAUAUCAAAAUAUUUAAAAAAACAUGCCAUAUUACCAGAGACAAUACCCACAUGUAUAAUAAGGCUGAUAACUCUGGCUUUGGUUAAAGUAGAGUAAUGCCCCUUUUUUCAAAUACUUGUACUUAAUAGACAAGUGUUGGUGGUUGCCCUGCGGUGUUGUUGUUGUUGUUAAUUUACAUGUUGUUUUUUCCUACAUGUAAUUAUAAAAAGAGUUUAUUAUUUUGUGUAACAAAAUUAACAUUGUUCCACACUGAAUACAGUAUUUGAUAACAGAAUUGCAAACAAAUGUGAUACUAAAAUUUGAAACAGAUAUAAUGAUUAAUUAUAUACAUUUUAAUUUGAUGAUGUUAAGCCUUUUCUAUGCUUUAAAUAUUUGCCUCAAGUAUUUCAGAAAAUAUGCAUUCCAACUGUGUUAGAAUACAUUCAAUAACUUUACAAUACAGAUGAGUCAGGGUCACAUUUAUUAAAUGUGUUUUUGUUUUUUGUUUUUGUACAUUCAGUAUAUAUCAAUUUGAUGCAGGCAUUUAUGUUUUGUUUUUUUUCCAUUCUAAUCACUUGUUGUGAAUUCAACAUUUUGUUAUUUAGAUUCUGGUAUUUGAUUUUCAAAGGAUCUUGGUUGAAGUAUAGGCAAUUAUGCAUGUUUUUGAACAAAGGAAUUUAAAACCUGAGUGAUAGUAUUGAUAUUUUUAUUGACACCGAGAUGUACAUUUCUAUUCUUAUAGCUGCCCUUUAAUUCACAUUUCUCUUUUAUUAUCUCCCCUUCAUUUCAGUAUAGAUAUUUUAUUGGCACAGGGAUGUUCAUUUCUCUAAUUAAAACUCCCCUUCAAUUCAGUAUAGAUAUUUAAUUGACACUAAGUUACAUAUCUUCGUUUAAGCCUACUGUUUUUGUCAUUUUUUUAUUAUUUUUCAACCAAUUCCUGCCCAGCGCAGAACUUACAUACUACUGGAAGAAAUUGACUAAAACUUGGAACAUACAUAAAUGGCAAAGCGUAGUUGAGCAACUUAUAAGAAUUAUAACUCUGGGGCAACGUUAUCUCCACUUGUUUAUUUUAUAUGAUGUAAAAAAAAAUUCAAGGCCUCAAAAGAUAUUCAAUGGAAUUAAUUAAACAUUAAUUAAUAUUUGUUUGGACUUUUUUUAUUAAAGGUACUGCUCAGAACCUUUAAAACUGGCACUCCAAGUUUGUGUAUAUUUAAAGCUAAAUGAAAUAUAAUGUGUGUUUGUAAUCAUAAUUGUUUAUCGGUUGCUUAUUGGUUUGAUUCAUAUACAUUGUUACCUGUGUCUUCAGUUCAAUAAAGUUCAUAAAG